AGUUUGUAAACACAAUAGGCUUUCUUCUGGUCCAGUCAUACAAGAACAAGCUAAUAAAUUAUUGAGGUACCUGAGUGUUCUGAAAAAUAGUCACCUGAGGCUUGUUAGGUAAUCAGUACAAGGAAAAUGAGAAUACCAUGGCUGAAACAAUCAAUCUGUUCUCUCUGGUGAGAUUCUAGGGAGGAAUAUCAAUUUUCGAACCGUUGAUGAAGCCUCGUCCUCCGACAAAGUUUUGAUGGUUUGGACUACAUGCCUGGCACAUCCAUGAUGGCUGGAAGAGCCUGGUCUGUUGGUGUUCCUUGCAAAAAUGGAUAGCAGGGUGGUGGCGCCAAAGUCUGUCCUGAUGGUGGGGAGACCAUUUGGGUGCAAGCGCUGGGGGUGACUCCUAGUGUGCUUGGCCAGGGAAUUACUGGUGCCAUCCAGAGACAUGUGACAGAGUAUGCCUGCAGUCACUUUCCACAGCUCACUUGCCCGAAAACUGUGCCCAGGACAGAUCCAUCAUCUGAAAAACGGUCUAUCGCUUGUUGGCCAAAGAGGUAGGCCUACAUAGCUUGCAUGCCAGUGUGGUUUUUAUUGAGCAGGGAUGUGCACAACUGCAGUCCUUGAUGGCCACAGUUCUGAGGUCCAGUCAUUUGACAUAGAACAUUCUCUAGUUGUGUUAUUUAUAAUUAUAUGUAUGGACAUGCAUCAUGCAAUGUAUCUUGAGCUGAAAUAGCCUAUUCUCUUCAAUCACCUAUUGUGUCUAUGUUAGGGAAUUCUUUCUUUGUGUUGUGAGGUAGGUGACAUAGGAUCUUUCGUUGAGGAACUACAGAGACUCGACCAAAAGUACAAGGCUGAGGCCUUUAACCCAGUGACUGUAGAGCAAGGCUCUACAGGGAGUGGUACGCUCAGCCAGUAUGUUUAACAAGUUUAAACAUCACAUUAGAGUAUGUGUAACAGUAUAACUUUAGACUGUCCCCUCGCCCAUACCCGGGCGCGAACCAGGGACCCUCUGCACACAACAACAGUCACCCACGAAGCAUCGUUACCCAUCGCUCCACAAAAGCCUCGGCCCUUGCAGAGCAAGGGGAACUACUACUUCAAGGUCUCAGAGCAAGUGACGUCACCGAUUGGAACGCUAUUUAGCACGAACACCGCUAACUAACUAGCCAUUUCAGAUCCGUUACAUAUGGCAGUUUAGUACAGUAGAGCACAGUACGGCACGGUACAGGACAGUCAAGUUGUAUUCAGUAGAGUACAAUAGAGUACAGUAAAAGUAGAGUAUAGUUUAGUAGAGUAUAUUAGAGUAAAGUAGGGUACAAUACAGAGCCCUAUUUAAAAAAAAAGAAUUAGAUAUCGAAAAGACAUCAAUGUCUGUAAAAUCUUAAUGGGAAGUGUUGGCCUACACUCGUUCACUACAGUAUUUCCCACAAAUCUAAGGAGAUUCCAGCAUUUUGCAAAGGCUACUCAUAAUGUUUCAUGGUCAUUGCUGCCAUCCCAUUUCUGACACCAGUGUAGCGAACAACAUACUCAGUUCUUGGUGUGAAAGGAAAACACCCUACCAGACCAAUCAAUAGAAGUCUAUAUGUGGCCAAAUCAACUCCAGUCUGGACCUGACCAACUCUAAACCAAUCAUAGACGUCUGUUGACGUUGAAAUCAAGGCCAGUCCGGACCACAGCAAAAAAAAUAAUAAAAAAAAUAAUAAAAAAAAUAAAUCACUGCUCCACACAGGACCAGAAAAUAAUAAGUCCAAAUUACAUUGCCUGACUGUGUAACGGUUUUCUUCCGCUGAAGGAGAGGAGGACCAAAAUGCAGCGUGGUUAGAGUUCAACAUGUUUAAUCAAGACCAUAAACGAGAACACUACAAAAUAACAAAUGCAAAAACCAAAACAGUCCUAUCUGGUGCAAUGACACAGACAGAAGACAAUCACCCACAAAAUACCCAAAGAACAUGGCUGCCUAAAUAUGGUUCCCAAUCAGAGACAACGACAGACAGCUGCCUCUAAUUGAGAACCAAUCUAGGCAACCAUAGACAUACUAAAAACUACCUAGAAAGGAAACAGCCCCAUAAACAUACAAAACCCCUAGACCAGACAAAACACAUAAAUCCCCCAUGUCACACCCUGACCUAACCAAAAUAAUAAAGAAAACAAAGAUAACUAAGGCCAGGGCAUGAAAGACUGACUGUACAUGCUUCGCGGGUAUGUAUCCUACUAGAUUAGAGAAUGCAGCAGAGGUGUGGUACUGGUACUCAUGACAUUGUCAUAUUUUGCACAUUUACUGGACUGAUACAAAGUCUAGAGAUGGCUCAUGAUGUUCUCUCAAUCCUUCAUCUGUUGCAAUUGUGUGCGAUUUAAUGAGUGAUACAAUGUACAGUAUCUUGUCUCAAAAGUCCACGAAUGAAUAGACCGCGAAAGUAAGAAGUUGCUCCGAAACAACUGAUAAAUGAUCUGUUUAGCGGACCCCAAUCUUGAGUUGAACUAUCGACAGCUAAAACGCAGAUCUGACUUGAGAUCAGAUUUCACUGAGCGCUGAUGAAACAGUGAUAUGCCCCUCCCUCGAGGUCGUCCCAGCCUCAUUCUGAUCAGCUGACUCACCACUUCCCAUACGGAGUGCAAUUUUUUGGAAUAGCAGUAAUGUAAUUUUGCUGCCUUUUUCCCACUUGUUAUUAAGUCUGUGCCAAUACAAGCUGCUCACCAAGGCUGUCCUUUUAUGAGAUAAUACAAUAGAAGGUAAUACAUUAUUUAUAGCUUGCGAUUUGUAAUGUGAGAGAUGCCAUAGGCAGAAAGCUAUACGUUUAGUCAAAUUGUUGAAAACUUUUGAUGGAAUAGCUAGUAAAACUUUCUAACCAGCUAUACAUGAUAUUAUCACAGGCCCAGUAAAGCAUUGUAAUGUUAUCUGAUGUUAGAUCAGUCACAUGCUUUCUAUGCCCCCCUUUCCUACACUAACUUUACAUUCCAGAUCCUUUCACAUACUGUAUCUGGGAAUUCAUAUUAUUUGUUUGCCAAGAUCCUAGAGCAGAUGUUACAAUGUGACAUUUUCAGAUGUCUCUCACCCUAAACCAUGGGCACUAUGAAAAUGUAUGCAAUAAAUGUAAAACUGCGUUUAUUUGUAUUGACUUGAUUUGAAUGUAGGCAAAUGUUCCUCAAACUUCUCUGGUGUAGGUGGUCUCCCCUCCCCAUUUGACUGUAAGCCAAUGGAGGGUGUCUGAGAGCUACACUUUGCUGUUUCACUCAGACUUGAGAGAGAAGCAGGUUGUGCAGACAUGGCUCUCAGAAAAGGAUCUUCUUCUGUUGCCCUCUCUGGGUGGUCAUCUGAAGUGCAGAUGAACCCAGCUGAUGUCCCUGGCCUGGAGGUAAAGCUGGGAGCAUUGGUUGUUCUUUUCUCCAUCACACUGGUUUGUGGCUUCGCCCCUUUGUGCUUAGUCAGGGGGGCAGGGAGGUGCAAUGUAGACCCAGUGUUCGAGGGCCUGGCUGUGGGGUUACAGGAGGACAGUCAAGAGGUGCUGGAGAUCUGUGUUGCUCUACUCCUCCACAAGAGCAUCAUCUCUUUCAGUCUAGCCCUAAAGCUGGCCCAGGGCAAGCUGCGGCAGUCAGCCGUGGUAGGUUGCCUCCUGCUCUUUGCUCUCAUGUCCCCGUUGGGCAUUGCCGUCACCAAGACCAAGUCGUCCCCCCAGCACCAGCUGGCCAGUUCCACCUUAGAAGGCCUGGCGUCUGGCACCUUUAUGUAUAUCACCUUCAUGGAGAUCCUGCUCCAUGAGCUAAGCUCCCCGCAGAACCCCAAGGUGGCCAUGAUUCUCACUGGUUUCGCAGUGGUCACUGGGGUGCUGUUCAUCAAAAUGUAAAUAUUCUGUAGAUCAAUCCUUAGAGUCUGAUUCUUUGAAAAACUGACAACCCUUUGCGCCGUGAGAAUGCAAUUUGGACUGAUAAGCAUUAAACAAUGUUUACAGCAUGAGACCAAAAGAUACUCAACUGUAUCAUUAAUUCAAACAUGUUUCCUUAAGGUGCAGGGAGAAUGCUGGUUACACUGGAAACUUUUGAUUCAGUAGAGGUCUUUUAGUUUUAUUAUGUAGAUGAAUGUUAUUCAUUCAGAUUUUAAAAAAGGGAUAUAUGCUAAUCCUGCCAUGCUUUUAAAUGAUCAUCAUAUAACAUUUUCUAUUUUAGAUAUUUGAACAUUUUAAUAUAUAUAUAUUUUUUACAUAAACAAUGACAUACUUCACAAACAGAUUUCUGUAUACCGUGAUGAUGUGGUCAAAAUUACCGAAUUAAAAAAGGAAAUAUUUGUACUUUUGAGUAAUUUAUAACUCCUGGAUUGAUAUUAUAGCAAUCCUAAUGUUGUUCUGGCUGUGAAAUCUGACUAGCAGUGUCCUGAAUUGUACACAGAACAUUUGUUUGUUCAGUAGUAUGACUGCCUAGCCCCUGCAUAAACAUAAUAAGAGCAUAUACAGCUGGCUAUUACUUUAAAUCUUUAAAAAGCUAAAUGGAGUGUUUGCUCUUUGUCAGAGCCUUACAUUGAGAUCAACAUAUAGGCCCUUAUUUCACUGCCAUGUGGUGAGAAAGCUUUGAGAUAUAGUCCUCUAUUAUCUUGUAAAACUUGAGUUUGAAUAAUUGAAAUGGCUGCUCUUGUUUUUAUGUUCACUUUUAAACCAGGACUUGUUUAGCUGUACCUGGUUGACUGAUUAAAAGUAAUCUGAAAUACUUUUCAA